AUAAAUUCCCCUCCAAUCCCUUCAUUCCAACCUCGCUUCCCCUCUCUUCUUCCAUAACCAUGGGUAUCUCCACCAUCGCUUCUCCUUUUGACUCCAUCAUCUUCGAUUUGGACGACACCUUGUACCCCUCCAGCACCGGAAUUGACAAGUGCGUCAAGAAAAACAUCCAACUCUUUCUCAUCCAGAAAUGCGGAUUCUCAGAAUCCAAAGCCUUGACCCAACGAGUUGAGCUCUUCAAAACCUACGGAAGCACCCUUGCCGGCUUAAGAGCACAAGGCCUCGAUAUCACUGCAGAGGACUACCACGGUUUCGUGCACGGAAGGCUACCUUACGACUCCAUCGACACUGAUCAUCAGUUACGGAACCUCCUCUUGAGCAUCAAACAAAGAAAAAUUGUUUUUACUAAUUCUGACAGGAUUCACGCGAUGAGGGCGCUGGAUAGGCUUGGGAUCAAGGACUGUUUCGAGCAAAUCAUAUGCUUCGAGACUAUAAACCCGAACCUUCCCUAUUCAACCCGACCCGACGAAUUCCCCAUCCUCCUUAAACCUUCGCUCGACGCCUUCAAGAUCGCGCUUGACGCUGCCAACGUGGAUCCUCGUCGUACGUUGUUUCUGGAUGACAGCGUUCGCAAUAUUGCCGCGGGAAAAGAAAUGGGUCUCCACACUGUUCUGGUUGGGAAGACAAUGAAAAGCAAAGGAGCUGACUAUGCUGUGGAGAGUGUACAUAACUUGGCACAAGUGAUCCCAGAGAUAUGGGCAAACGAAAUGGACGGUGGUGAUCCAACGAUGACACGUUCGAAGAGUGAAUUGGAGGCCGUACUCGCUUGUGCUCUGGUUGGAGCUUGAAAAUUGACGUUGUACAAAAAUGUACAUUCCCAACCAACCCAACUAUCUAUGCAAUUAAAAAUAAUAGUACAGUAGUAUAAAUAGUAUCAGACCACCAAUAGCGAAGACAAUAACAGUAAGUAACGUGGACCCCCUAAGCAAUUAUUUGCGACAUGUGAAUAUUGUAAGAUAUUAAGUAUUAUCAAUCGUCUUUCAAAUAAAAUCAAUGUGUCUCUCAGGGAUAUCAAUUGCUUAAUAAUAAAGUUGAGUUAUUGUCAUUAUUUUCA